AAAAAAAAAAUUUAAAAAAUUGCAAACUAGGUAGUGGUAGGCUACUGGACAAGAUUAUCCUGGACGAAAAUUGACAAAUUAUAUUUUUUUUGGGCACAGAUAAGAAAAAAUGGAGGAGGCAAUUAAACGUGAUGAUUACCUGUUUCUAAACAACCACAUCAAUCAAGGAUUGAAUCAGGACAUCUUAGAGGCUCUCCUUUGUAAAUCAUGUGACUACUGUGCAGAAAAUUGUGUUGCCAUUUUACUUAAUUUUGGUGUGGACAAGGAUUGUGCAGACAGUAAUAGAUUGACACCUUUGAUGCAUGCUGUGUCAGCCAGUAGCUUGGAAAUAACCAAACUCUUAGUAACCUGGGAAUGCCAGAUAGAUAUAUUAGGUGGCCUUGACGGAAACUCAGCGCUUCACUUAGCUGCUAAACAAGGGAACAUAGAAAUCUGUAGCACGCUGAUUGCGGCAGGGGCCAACGUCAACAUACGGAACGAAAAGGACAACACACCCUUGAUUGUAGCAUCUGAGCAUGGUCACCUGCCAGUGGUGAAGCUUUUGCUGGACCACCACGCCUCCAUCAACCGUAGGGGAUACCAUGAGUGCUCGGCUCUACAUGAGGCCACGGAACAAGGCCACUAUGAGAUCUGUUCAUAUCUCAUCACAGCAAAAGCUGGAUUAGAAGAUGAAGACACCUUUGGUAACACCCCUUUGAUCAGGGCAGCUGAGAAAGGUCACAUUAACCUUGUUCUGUUGUUCCUGGCACAAGGGGCUGAUGUCAACCGGGUCAGCCAUAGUGGGACAACCGCCCUGCACUAUGCUGCCAAGGAAGGUUGGACUGCAUGUUGCAAGGUGUUGUUGCACCAUGGAGCUGAAAUAGAUGCCCAGGACAUCCGGCGCUUCACCCCCCUGAUGAUGGCCACCCUGGAGGGGCGGGUCAAGGUCCUCCAGCUGAUGCUUGACGCCAGGUGCAACGUCAACAUGGCUGCUUACAACCGGCGCACAGCCCUGCACUACGCAGCUGAGCGUGGAUACACUGAGUGCUGUAAGAAGCUGAUUGACUCCGGGGCUUUCAUGGAGAGCUUGGACUCUGAGAGAUGUUCAGCAGCCAUGUUAGCUGCGGCCAAAGGCAAUGUUGAGACUUUGAGGCUGUUCAUCAACAACAAGGCUGACCUUCAUCACUGGACCUCGCAAGACCUGUCCAUCCUCCACCUGGCCGCGGAGGGGGGGAGCAUCGAGUGCUGUGAGCUGCUCAUCAAACACGGCAUCAGCGUGGAUAUCCGCAACACCGAAGGCGUCACUCCGUUCAUCAGCGCCGUUCGCAACUUCCGUCUGCCGACAAUUUUAUAUUUCCUCAACCACGGUUGCUCGUUAGAGAAAUUACCGGGAGAAAAAUUCACCGCGCUCAACGAAGCCGUGUCGAGGGAUCUCGACAGGUUUAUAAUUAAAAAGAUGUUAGCCUGCGGGGCUAACCCUAACUCUGUAGACCAUGUGAAUGCUCUCCCUUUAUGGUACGCCGUCGACAACGCAAACUUCCCCGUAGUCAAACUCCUCCUGCAAAGCAACAGCGACUUCAGCAAACAGAAUGAAUCGUACGCCUCGCACUGCAGCCCAUGUUCUCCCAUAAUCCACUCCGUUCACAAAGAAAACCCCACCUUGGUACAGUGGCUGGUUGCCGCCUACGCUGAAGAAGGGGCGACCAUCUUGAGGAACAUGAACAUCUUCUACGCCAUGCUGCAGAUGGAGGACCUGAGCAUGGCGGAGAUAAUGAGCGAGACCCUCUUCAAGCCACAGAGCCUGCUGCGGCUCUGCCGGCGCAGGAUCCGCAAAACUCUGGGCAGCGGCCUGUCGGUCAGCAGCAAGAUCUCACGCCUCCAGCUGCCCCCUCUGCUCACCAGCUACAUGAUGUUCAGUGACCUUGACCUCAGAGAAAUGACCGGUUGAGCUACCUUUCGUACAUUCGACAUAUUCUGUAUAAAAAAAUUUUUUUUAAUUAAUGUGCAAUAGUAGACGCCUUUAGAUUGUUGUAUAUCUGUGUUCACCUGUAAUUCACCUCAGUCUUAAAGAAAAAUAGUUUGAUGGUUGUGAAUUAUUAGUGCAGUAGAUCUUGUUGGUAGAAUACCUCUUUAGUAGCAAUAGAUCUAAAAUAUAUGGUAUGUAGGUAUAGUGAAAAAAAAAAACAUUCUUUAUGUUGUGUCUACAGGAUUUGAUAAUCAGUACAUUUUUUUUAAAAAUGCUCAAGUUGCAACACUUGUUGUGAUACUUCAUCCAUAGUUAUCUUGUUUAACUUUAAUGCCUUCCAUUUAUUUCAUUCAAAGAUAAAAUGCUCAACUUAGCAUUAACAGUUAUAUAAGGUCUUCAAAUUAAAAUACAAAAAAAAUAUAACAAAAUAAAAAUAGUAAUGUAUUAUAUCCAAUGUAGUUUAGUUCAAUAUUUCAUUAUUUUUUGUUAUCUUGUUUUUCAUAUAUUUGGUUGAAUUUAUGUAAAUUUACUGUUACAUUAAGAUGAAUUUUUACACCAAUAUGUAACCUCGUUAAAUAUUUGAUGUGUGCAAUUGUAUUUUUUUUACACACUUCAGCUUUAACACAGUUAAAACAAUACCUGAUGAAGACUGAAUGUUCCUGUUUUUAUAUGAGGAUGAUAUGUUUCAGUGCUAACAUGGUGGGCAAUACACUAACAUACUUUUUAUUUUUAACACAAAUAUCUGACAAGAAUAGAGUUAAGGUUGUGAAAUAGGUGCACAAUUUGGUGCCCAAGUUAAAUAAACCUUGAUUGUUGCACAAUGUGAUGCCCAGUGCAAUAGAUUUGAAAUGUUGCACAAUUUAGUGCAGAAUGAAAUAGAUUUUAAAUGUAGCACAAUUUGAUGCUCAGUUGAAUAAAAUUUAUAAGUUGCACAAUUUGGUGCCCCAGUUGAAUAGAUGUUA